AUAACAUCGGUAAGAUAACGUUUGAUUUGUUUCCCCUGUCAUGUCGAGAUGCCACCAGGGUAGCAGUAUAAAUAGGCGCGAUGUCAUGGCAAACAGUAGCAAUAAUUUGUUUUGAUCAAAAGUUGAUGUCUACAGAUAUGGGAGGCAUAAAUCUUUUGUUGCCCUUAUUGGUCAUCGGGCCGAUGAUUGCAAUAGCUACAGCAAAUCCCUUUAGCCAUGUCAACGAUUGUCGCAACCAAGCUGAUGGCGCUUAUCUCAAUGAUCCCCGUAGCUGUUCGCACUAUUACAUCUGUUACCAGGGUCAACGUUACCGUCAACGCUGUCCCAGUGGCCUAUUCUAUGAUGAUCACACCCGAAUGUGUAACAUUGCCGGUCUGGUCAAGUGUGCCCAAUUGAAACGUAUUGCGCUUCGAUUGAAUGAAUAUUCCAGCAUGGAAAGGGAUGUGUCGUCGGAAGGCGGAGCUGCCAGAGAAAAUUGCAAAACAACAACUCCGGCUCCUUGUCAUCCUGAAGUUGUGACAACAACGACUCCGUGUCACGCUCAACCACCACGUAGCACUACAACAACUCCAUGCCAUUCGGAGCCACCAUCCUCGACAACAACCACUCCCUUAAAUCUCGAGCCACCAUCCUCCACGACCACAACUCCCCAAAAUCCACCGUCCUCCACCACAAUAACUCCAUGCCAAACUGAACCACCAUCCUCCACGACCACAACUCCCCAAAAUCCACCGUCCUCCACCACAACAACUCCAUGCCAAACUGAACCACCAUCCUCCACGACCACAACUCCCCAAAAUCCACCGUCCUCCACCACAACAACUCCAUGCCAAACUGAACCACCAUCCUCCACGACCACAACUCCCCAAAAUCCACCGUCCUCCACCACAAUAACUCCAUGCCAAACUGAACCACCAUCCUCCACGACCACAACUCCCCAAAAUCCACCGUCCUCCACCACAACAACUCCAUGCCAAACUGAACCACCAUCCUCCACGACCACAACUCCCCAAAAUCCACCGUCCUCCACCACAACAACUCCAUGCCAAACUGAACCACCAUCCUCCACGACCACAACUCCCCAAAAUCCACCGUCCUCCACCACAAUAACUCCAUGCCAAACUGAACCACCAUCCUCCACGACCACAACUCCCCAAAAUCCACCGUCCUCCACCACAACAACUCCAUGCCAAACUGAACCACCAUCCUCCACGACCACAACUCCCCAAAAUCCACCGUCCUCCACCACAACAACUCCAUGCCAAACUGAACCACCAUCCUCCACGACCACAACUCCCCAAAAUCCACCGUCCUCCACCACAACAACUCCAUGCCAAACUGAACCACCAUCCUCCACGACCACAACUCCCGAAAAUCCACCGUCCUCCACCACAACAACUCCAUGCCAAACUGAACCACCAUCUUCCACGACCACAACUCCCCAAAAUCCACCGUCCUCCACCACAACAACUCCAUGCCAAACUGAACCACCAUCCUCCACGACCACAACUCCCCAAAAUCCACCGUCCUCCACCACAACAACUCCAUGCCAAACUGAACCACCAUCCUCCACGACCACAACACCCCAAAAUCCACCGUCCUCCACCACAACAACUCCAUGCCAAACUAAACCACCAUCUUCCACGACCACAACUCCCCAAAAUCCACCGUCCUCCACCACAACAACUCCAUGCCAAACUGAACCACCAUCCUCCACGACCACAACUCCCCAAAAUCCACCGUCCUCCACCACAACAACUCCAUGCCAAACUGAACCACCAUCCUCCACGACCACAACUCCCCAAAAUCCACCGUCCUCCACCACAACAACUCCAUGCCAAACUGAACCACCAUCCUCCACGACCACAACUCCCCAAAAUCCACCGUCCUCCACCACAACAACUCCAUGCCAAACUGAACCACCAUCCUCCACGACCACAACUCCCCAAAAUCCACCGUCCUCCACCACAACAACUCCAUGCCAAACUGAACCACCAUCCUCCACGACCACAACUCCCCAAAAUCCACCGUCCUCCACCACAACAACUCCAUGCCAUACUGAACCACCAUCCUCCACGACCACAACUCCCCAAAAUCCACCGUCCUCCACCACAACAACUCCAUGCCAAACUAAACCACCAUCUUCCACGACCACAACUCCCCAAAAUCCACCGUCCUCCACCACAACAACUCCAUGCCAAACUGAACCACCAUCCUCCACGACCACAACUCCCCAAAAUCCACCGUUCUCCACCACAACAACUCCAUGCCAAACUGAACCACCAUCCUCCACGACCACAACUCCCCAAAAUCCACCGUCCUCCACCACAACAACUCCAUGCCAAACUGAACCACCAUCCUCCACGACCACAACUCCCCAAAAUCCACCGUCCUCCACCACAACAACUCCAUGCCAAACUGAACCACCAUCCUCCACGACCACAACUCCCCAAAAUCCAUCGUCCUCCACCACAACAACUCCAUGCCAAACUGAACCACCAUCCUCCACGACCACAACUCCCCAAAAUCCACCGUCCUCCACCACAACAACUCCAUGCCAAACUGAACCACCAUCCUCCACGACCACAACUCCCCAAAAUCCACCGUCCUCCACCACAACAACUCCAUGCCAAACUGAACCACCAUCCUCCACGACCACAACUCCCCAAAAUCCCCCGUCCUCCACAACAACAACUCCAUGCCAAACUGAACCACCAUCCUCCACGACCACAACUCCAUGCCAUCCUGAGCCACCAUCCUCGACUACAACAACUCCCCAAAAUUCUGAACCACCAUCUUCCACCACCACAACUCCGUGCCAUCCUGAGCCCCCAGUGACUACAACAACAACUCCAUGUCAUCCUAGAACUACAACUCCCUGUCACCAGACCACAACACCCUGUCCUCAGAGUAAACAAAAUCGAAAAAAGGUUUCUUCCACUUUAAGGGCCAGAUCUGGUAAAAUAACCUCCCGACGAAACCAGCAUCCAAUCUGCGUGGGACAGGCCUAUGGAUCUUUGGUACGUGAUCCCAAUGACUGUGGCAAAUUCCACGCCUGCCUCGACGGAAGAAGUGUAGAAUUUAACUGUCCCGCUAAUCUCUACUUCGAUGAGACCAAGAUGGUUUGCAACUUCCGAAAUAUGGUCAAAUGUGACAUCGGCAACAAAUAGAUUGGUCUGCAGCAAAUAAUUUUAAAAUAAAAUAUUUAAAGCAUCGUAAA